GGAACAGUAUAUCCUUUGCCGGGCCAAUAGUAUUAGAGUUGUCAAACCUAUGAAAUUUCUGCAUUUUUUCCAUUUUUAUAAACGUGUUUUAUAUUUUUUUUAAUUUAUUAUUAGGAUUGUGUCUUCUGCUUAUGUUACUUAUCUCUAUAUAUAGAAAGGAUAUUUGUAGUCCAUAUGUACAAAUUAAACAUAGAGGGUAGAACCACUCCGAUCCAUAUUACAAUUGUGAUAUUUCUAACUACUAUUAGGGAAAUAAUCAAGAUUAUAUGUCUUUUAUUAUGUCAUCCCUCAGGAAUCUCUUUCUAUCUCCUCUUCGUAGUUUCAUUCAAAAAGAUUUUCAUGAUGCCUUUGACAGCAUGACUCUCCUCGACAAACUUUUGUUUAUGAUGGUUCAUUUCGUUGAUAAAUUGAUCCUUUGGCACCGGCUACCGGUGUUCUUGGGGCUAGCUUAUCUCGCAGCGCGCCGGCAUCUUCAUCAGGAAUAUAAUUUGAUCAACGUUGGUAGAACACCUACCGGGGUUCGAUCAAAUCCAGAGGAUUACCCUUACAGAACUGCUGAUGGAAAAUACAAUGACCCUUUCAAUGAAGGAGCAGGCAGUCAAUUUUCUUUCUUUGGUAGAAAUGUGAUGCCUGUUGAUCAACAUGACAAGUUAAAGAAGCCAGAUCCAAUGGUAGUGGCAACAAAGCUGCUAGCACGUAAAAACUUUAUGGACACAGGAAAACAAUUCAACAUGAUAGCAGCCUCUUGGAUACAAUUUAUGAUUCAUGAUUGGAUCGAUCACUUGGAAGAUACUCACCAGAUUGAACUAAGGGCACCUGAAGAAGUUGCAAGUGAGUGCCCUCUCAAGUCCUUUAAGUUUUACAAGUCCAAGAAAACUCCUACAGGCUUUUAUGAGAUCAAAACUGGUUACUUAAACAGGCGUACCUCUUGGUGGGAUGGAAGCGCUAUUUAUGGUAGCAACACAGAGGCUUUGAAGAAAGUAAGAACAUUUGAAGACGGGAAGCUGAAGCUAUCAGCAGAUGGGCUCCUCGAACAAGAUGAAAAUGGAAAUAUUAUCUCUGGUGAUGUUCGCAACCCUUGGGCUGGACUUUUGGCACUGCAGGCUCUCUUUAUUCAAGAGCACAAUCUCGUUUGUGACACCUUGAAGAAAGAAUAUCCGAAAUUGGAGGAUGAGGACUUGUAUCGUCAUGCAAGACUUGUCACUUCUGCUGUCAUUGCAAAAGUUCAUACCAUUGAUUGGACAGUCGAGCUUCUCAAAACUGACACUCUUCUAGCAGGAAUGCGCGCCAAUUGGUAUGGAUUGCUAGGGAAGAAAUUCAAGGAUACAUUUGGGCACGUUGGAGGUUCCAGUUUAGGUGGUUUUGUGGGAAUGAAGAAACCUGAAAAUCAUGGAGUGCCCUAUUCCUUGACAGAGGAAUUUGUGAGUGUUUAUCGUAUGCAUCAACUCCUACCUGACACACUUCAAUUGAGGAAUAUCGACGCCACACCUGGGCCAAAUAAAUCUCUCCCUCUCACCAAUGAGAUCCCUAUGGAAGAUCUAAUUGGGGGCAAAGGAGAGGAGAAUCUAUCAAGAAUAGGAUAUACUAAACAAAUGGUUUCAAUGGGACACCAAGCCUGUGGCGCUCUUGAGCUUAUGAAUUAUCCAAUAUGGAUGAGGGAUCUUAUUCCCCAAGAUGUCGAUGGAAAUGAUAGGCCAGAUCAUAUUGAUCUUGCAGCUCUAGAAAUUUACAGGGACAGAGAAAGGAGUGUUGCCAGAUACAAUGAAUUUCGUAGGAGAAUGUUGCAAAUUCCCAUCUCCAAAUGGGAAGAUUUGACUGAUGAUGAAGAAGCCAUUAAAAUGCUUCGAGAAGUAUAUGGUGAUGAUGUAGAAGAAUUGGAUUUGUUAGUGGGAAUGUCUGCGGAGAAAAAGAUUAAGGGUUUUGCCAUCUCGGAGACUGCCUUUUUCAUAUUCCUAAUCAUGGCAUCAAGGAGGCUAGAGGCAGACAAAUUUUUCACCAGUAAUUAUAACGAGGAGACAUACACAAAAAAAGGACUUGAAUGGGUGAAUACAACAGAAAGCUUGAAAGAUGUACUUGAUCGACAUUAUCCAGAAAUGACUGGAAAAUGGAUGAAUUCCAAUAGCGCCUUCUCUGUGUGGGACUCUUCUCCAGAACCUCACAAUCCUAUUCCAAUCUACUUUCGUGUUCCUCAACAGUAGACCCCUCCUUCAUCAAUAUAAUUAUCAAGUAAAAAAAAGCAAUAUGUAUAUCGAUUAUUUUUUACCUGAAAGUUUGUAUUAAGAUUCAAUGUACUAUCUUCACUUCUUUCCUUCAGUCAGCCAUUUUAUGAAACUAUUUCGGAUUGUAAUAUGAAUUUCCUAAUUUAUAGUUAGUGUUGUUUAUCGA